AUGGCACACUCCACCAACACUCGGACAUACUCCCCGGUCCACAUCCCCAUCGACGACCCACCCUACGAAGACCCUCCAGACUUCGCAGCUGCACCUCCCCAUUUCGACUCUUGCACUGUCCUUUUCUACUGGGAUCCCAACGACGCAAUCUGUCAGGACGAUGAAGCUUUCUCCGAUGAAUUCAGCGAACGCACUGGGAAAGGCAAGCACUCUCCUAUGCCAUCACGAACUCAGCACGGGUAA